CAGGCGGCGGCGGAGCGAGUGAGGCCUGGUGUGCGACUCCCAUUGUAAAACACCCUGCCUCCCUCCCUCCCUCCGGCCAGCCCGCUCGCCCGCUCUCUUCCGCCCGAUUCUCUUUGACCGAGGCGGCAGAUUGUAACCCGAGAAGAUGCCGGCGGUGUCCAAAGGCGACGGGAUGAGGGGGUUGGCGGUGUUUAUCUCUGACAUUAGGAACUGCAAAAGCAAAGAAGCUGAAAUUAAACGCAUAAACAAAGAGCUGGCAAACAUCCGAUCGAAGUUCAAAGGAGACAAGGCGCUGGAUGGUUACAGCAAGAAGAAAUACGUCUGCAAGCUUCUCUUCAUCUUCCUGCUUGGCCAUGACAUCGACUUUGGCCACAUGGAGGCAGUCAAUCUGCUCAGCUCCAAUAAGUACACAGAGAAGCAGAUUGGUUACCUUUUCAUCUCUGUACUGGUGAACUCAAACAGUGAGCUGAUCCGUCUGAUUAACAAUGCCAUCAAGAACGACCUGGCCAGCCGCAACCCUAUCUUCAUGUGCCUCGCUCUGCACUGCAUUGCAAAUGUUGGCAGCAGGGAAAUGGCAGAGGCAUUUGCUUCUGAGAUUCCCAAAAUCCUGGUGGCUGGUGAUACAAUGGAUAGUGUGAAGCAGAGUGCCGCUCUGUGUCUGUUGCGUCUCUACAAGACCUCCCCAGAUUUGGUGCCCAUGGGAGAGUGGACAUCCCGAGUCGUGCAUCUACUGAAUGACCAACAUCUGGGUGUAGUAACAGCUGCUACCAGUCUUAUCACCUGUCUGAGCAAGAAGAACCCUGAUGAAUUCAAGACGUGCGUCUCCUUGGCCGUCUCCAGACUUAGUCGGAUUGUGUCAUCGGCCUCCACGGAUCUACAGGAUUACACGUAUUACUUUGUUCCAGCACCCUGGCUUUCUGUGAAGCUGCUGCGACUCCUGCAGUGUUACCCGCCACCUGAGGACACUGCAGUGAAGGGCCGGCUAAUUGAAUGUAUGGAGACGAUCCUGAAUAAAGCUCAGGAGCCACCAAAAUCCAAGAAGGUUCAACACUCCAAUGCUAAGAAUGCGAUUCUGUUCGAAGCCAUCAGCCUUAUUAUACAUUAUGACAGCGAACCUAACCUGUUGGUGCGUGCGUGCAACCAACUUGGCCAGUUCCUGCAGCACCGUGAAACUAACCUGCGGUACCUCGCACUGGAAAGCAUGUGCCUGCUGGCCGGGUCCGAAUUCUCCCACGAGGCUGUCAAAACCCACAUCGAAACUGUCAUCAACGCACUGAAGACCGAGCGGGAUGUGAGUGUGCGCCAGCGAGCCGCAGACCUUCUGUACGCCAUGUGUGACCGAACAAACGCACCGCAGAUUGUGGCUGAAAUGUUAAGCUACCUGGAAACGGCCGACUAUUCCAUUCGUGAAGAAAUUGUGCUAAAGGUGGCGAUUCUGGCAGAGAAGUAUGCAGUGGAUUACACAUGGUAUGUCGACACAAUCCUGAACCUCAUCCGCAUUGCAGGGGACUAUGUCAGCGAGGAGGUCUGGUACCGAGUGAUUCAGAUUGUUAUUAAUCGUGAUGACGUCCAAGGUUACGCAGCAAAGACUGUGUUUGAGGCACUCCAGGCCCCAGCCUGUCACGAGAACAUGGUGAAAGUAGGUGGAUAUAUCCUAGGAGAGUUUGGGAAUCUCAUUGCCGGCGAUCCACGAUCCAGCCCCUUAGUUCAGUUCAACCUGCUCCAUUCCAAGUUCCACUUGUGCAGUGUCCCAACCCGCGCUCUGCUGCUCUCCUCUUACAUCAAGUUCGUCAACCUUUUCCCCGAGACCAAGGCCACCAUCCAGGAUGUACUGCGCAGUGACAGCCAGCUCCGCAACUCUGACGUGGAACUGCAGCAGCGGGCUGUGGAGUACCUCAAGCUCAGCUCAAUUGCCAGCACUGAUGUUCUGGCCACCGUCCUGGAAGAGAUGCCACCAUUCCCCGAACGUGAAUCCUCUAUUCUCGCCAAGCUCAAGAAGAAGAAGGGACCAGGCACAAAGACUGAAAUGGAAGAAGGGAAGAAGGAACAAACAGAGGUGAACGGCGGUGUGGAGCCUGCUGUGAACGCCAGCACAGUGUCCACACCCUCACCUUCUGCCGACCUGCUGGGCCUGAAGAGUGCCCCUGCCAGUGGGGGCAGCCUGCUGGUUGACGUGUUUUCCGAUGCUAUGCCCGCCACUGGGGCUCUGGCACCCGGAGCUGAGGACAAUUUCUCCCGAAGCUUGGAUCUGCCGAGUGAGAGCCCUACCUCGUUGUUGGUGGAUGCAGCCCUGGGUCCAGAUGGUGUCACGACUGUGCCUACUGCUGGCUCUGAGGAUGCUUCUUUGCCUGUGCCUGACGCUGACGAUCUCCUCAACAAGUUUGUUUGCAAGAACAAUGGGGUCCUGUUUGAAAACCAGCUUCUCCAGAUUGGAAUAAAAUCCGAAUACCGGCAAAACUUGGGUCGAAUGUAUCUGUUCUUUGGGAACAAGACUUCAGUCCAGUUCCUCAACUUCAUUGUAAAUGUCAACUGUCCAGGCGACCUGCAGAGUGAGCUGAAUCUUCAGGCUAAGCCUGUGGAGCCCAUCGUGGAAGGUGGAGCGCAGGUUCAACAAGUCAUCAACAUUGAAUGUUUAUCAGAUUUCACCGAAGCCCCUCUACUCAACAUUCAGUUCAGAUAUGGCGGAACCUUGCAAAAUAUCACCCUCAAGCUGCCCAUCACCAUCAACAAGUUUUUCCAGCCAACAGAGAUGGCAUCUGAAGAUUUCUUCCAGCGCUGGAGGCAGCUCAGCAGCCCCCAACAAGAAGCACAGAAGAUCUUUAAAGCUAAUCACCCUAUGGACACAGAGGUUACCAAGGCCAAGUUGAUAGGAUUCGGCACCGCCCUGCUGCAGGACGUCGACCCCAACCAGGACAACUUUGUCGGUGCGGGAAUCAUUCACACAAAAUCCAUCCAGGUUGGGUGUCUGUUGCGGUUGGAACCCAACGGUCAGGCUCAGAUGUAUCGCCUCACACUACGCACAAGCAAGGAAACUGUGUCGAAGCGACUAUGUGGAUUACUGUCCCAACAGUUCUAAAGUCUGCCACAUGUAACCGAUCUCUUACACUAUACUGCGUGUUUGUGUGUGUCUGAGCGUGAGUGUGUGUAUGUGUGCACGAGUACAUGAAGGUCCUAUAUCCAUGCCACAUCCAGUGAAAUCUUCAAGUAUCAUGUGACGUCCUUUAACUACAGUAUAUGUUUACGUGAUUGUUCUGUGGAGGUUUUCCUUCUUUUGCUAUUGUGGAGGGAUUUGCAAAGUUCUUUGGUACACGCGGCAUCAAAGGUGGCAGCGAUGAGCGGGGUUGUAGUGCAGUCCGUGGCACCCCAUAGUAUAUCCUCCCCCUGUGAUAAAACUCGGCCAACAUAUUGAGAGGACUUUGAUUAUAAUUCCCUCCUGCAGCAAGGAGUGACUGUGGACACAAAAUGCCGGAGUAACUCAGUCGGGAGAGGCAGCAUCUCUGGAGAUAGGAGGAAUGGGUGACGUUUGGGGUUGAGACCCAUCUUCAGACUCUCUCUUUCUCUCCAGAGAUGCUGCCUGUCCCGCUGAGUUACUCCAGCAUUUUGUGUCUAUCUUCGGUUUAAACCAGCAUCUGCAGUUUCUUCCUACCACAAGGAGUGACGGGAUUCGAGUGCACGUCACUCAGCAGAGUGGUUCCUCUCAAUCCCACUGCUUGGGUCAGCAUGGCCCACCGCACAGUGGUGGGUCACGUACUAACCAGGAAGGGUACAGGCUGUGUGUGACAAGCUAGUUAUUCCCCUUGGGACCAGUUGGGGAAAGGAGACAAUCGUUCUCUGGAAGUGCUUUGUAGAUGUCCCAUGAAGGUGUGGAAUCAGACAUGCCCCACAGUCGAAUGGCCCGUCGAGGCUGACUGGGAGAUUUAGGCAGAGCGAUGGGGAAUGUCUACUGUGUGUGUGUGUGUGUGACCCAAUGAGAAGUUGUUGCCAUCAGUGAAGGUGAGUGGGGGAAGGUAGGAUACUGUCCAGUGGACACAGGAUAGCCACCCCCUUCUCUCACCACCUUUACACCUGAAGAGCUGAUGCCCGAUUACCAAAAGGCUUGCUGUCCCAUCUCGCUGUUAAUCGAUAUAGUCAUUUCUUAUAUUAAAAAAUGUAUGAAGUAAUUGUAAAAUGUAUCUGUAUAUAACUCUUUCUUAGAGCUGGAUAGAAAUACCUGUACGACCAACUUACUCUGUGGUCUCUGAUGUUAAAUUAGCUGUUUAAAUGUCACCAUUGAAAGUUAAA